AUGGCAUCUUAUAAUGGACGUGAUGGGCGUGGCCGGACACAACAAAUUAGCCGCUUCAGCUCUUCCACCGAUGAAGGUAGCCGCCCGGGGGAUAGAGGAACCAUACAAGUUAUGUUUGACCCGAGUCAUCCGUUAAACGUUGGUGUACUUGGGCCACUACUACUGCUCCUCAAUAUGCCGGGCAAGGCCAAUAUCAGAGAGGUCGCGUUGCACCCAUCACGACCCCCACUUCUACUACAUUUCAGCCUUCCGAAUAUGGGUCCUCGGGGACGCGAAACGAUGCCGCUGGUCGUGGUGGCGGGGAAGAUUGGAGCCGAUGGUUCGCGAACAACCGCCCAAACCGCUCCUCUAGCGUGUAUAGCCAAGAUAAUGGGGAAAAUCGGAGCCAGUUGCGUGCAAACAACCUCCAAAACCGACCCUCUAGUACGCAUGACAGAAAUAAUGGAGAAGAUUGGAGCCAGUGGCUCGCGAACAAUUGUCCAAAUCGCCCCUCCAGCACUUACAGCCAAGAACAUAGGGAAAAUUGGAGCCAGCUGCGCCCAAACAACAAUCCAUACCGCUCCUCUAGCAUUUAUAGUCAAGAUAACGGGGAACGUCACCUUAGCCCUCCUAGAGGAAGGAGAAGCCAUACUUUGGAUAGAGGACAGCGUGAACUUCAUUUAG